UAUACUUAUUAUAUUCACAUUUUGGUGCUAUUAGGUUUAGGGUUUUAGGGCUAGGGUUUCUCUUCUUCGUCUCUCUAAAGAUGGCAAUGGAGGAGAUCACGGACGCAGUCGGGAGCCUCAACAUCAGCGACGGCCACAAGAAGAACAGGAUCCAGGUCUCCAACACCAAGAAGCCCCUCUUCUUCUACGUUAAUCUCGCCAAGAGGUACAUGCAGCAGCACAAUGAGGUUGAGCUAUCUGCUCUUGGGAUGGCCAUUGCAACAGUCGUCACGAUUGCUGAGAUUCUAAAGAACAAUGGACUUGCUGUUGAAAAGAAGAUCACAACUUCCACUGUUGAUAUGAAGGAUGAAUCAAGAGGGCGAUCCAUCCAGAAGGCUAAGAUUGAGAUUUUACUAGGGAAGUCAGAGAAGUUCGAUGAGCUAAUGGCUGCCGCUGCUGAGGAAAGAGAUGCAGCAAAUGCCGAGGAAUAAACUAAGAAUAAAUGUGUUGCUUUUGCUCCAGAUUAGCAUCGUGUAUUGUUUACUGCAAUUGGUAGAUUUCUGCUUAAUCUAAUUUUGAGAGAAGUUGGUCAAAAAAGUUCGGCCUUGUGGCCAUUGUAUUAGUGACUAACACCAUGGCUUAUUGUGUCGGAGAUGGAAGUAUAGAUAUUUAUUUUGUAUGACUGAUUGAGGAUUGGUGUUUUCAUAUCUCGGUUAAGAACAUCCGGUGCCAUUUUCCUCCAA